UAUACGUUAGACAUUGGAUUAUUCCUAAUAGUGCCCGAUUUUCUCGAAUAAAGACUUCCAGGAAUGGAGUCGAUUCCCUGUCAGCUUCCGGCGGGACGAGAUUCCAGCUCUUCCCCCAGCUCCAAACAAGAACUUCAGCCGUAUUCUGGCACCAGUUCCCUUAAACCAAACCAAGUCAGUGAGACCGCGUUAUACGGAGUACCCAUUGUUUCUUUGGUAAUAGACGGUCAGGAGAGACUUUGCCUGGCGCAAAUUUCCAACACCCUCUUAAAACACUACAGCUACAACGAGAUCCACAACCGACGCGUUGCUCUUGGAAUCACUUGUGUGCAGUGCACCCCAGUCCAACUCGAGAUUCUGAGGCGUGCGGGGGCGAUGCCCAUCUCUUCACGGCGCUGCGGAAUGAUCACCAAGCGCGAGGCCGAGCGGCUCUGUAAAUCCUUCCUUGGGGCUCACAGCCCUCCCAAACUACCUGAAAAUUUUGCAUUUGAUGUAUCCCAUGAAUGCGCUUGGGGAAGCCGUGGCAGCUUCAUACCAGCCAGAUACAAUAGCUCUAGAGCUAAGUGCAUUAAGUGCACCUAUUGUAAUAUGUAUUUUUCUCCAAAUAAGUUCAUUUUUCACUCUCAUCGUACACCCGAGUCAAAAUACACGCAGCCAGACGCCGCUAACUUUAACUCUUGGAGGCGCCAUCUCAAGCUAACCGACAAAAACUCGUCGGACGACGUGGCCCACGCAUGGGAAGAUGUAAAGGCAAUGUUUAACGGGGGCAGCCGAAAGAGGACGCUGCCAAUGAGUGAAUCUGAGAGAACAUCCCCCCUGAAGCCACAGGGCCCUAGUAACAUUCCACCCAGGGUUUCGCCGGAGGUCCCACACAAAGCCUUACGCUGCGAAGAGGACCGAGGUAGCCUGAGUCUAGCAAACGGCGUCCGCAGCUAUCCUGUCAUCCCUGUGCCCAGCAAGAGUUUCGGGAUGCUGCAGAAAAUACCGCCGCCGCUGUUUCCACAUCCCUAUGGAUUUCCGGCUUUUGGAUUGUGUCAAAAGAAAGACGACGGCGUCGGACUGGGAGAACAAAACAAGACCAACCUGUCAGGUGUGUUUUGGCCAGGCCCUAAAGACAAUGUAUACCCUUCGUUUCCGAUGUUCUGGCCUACAACAGGCAGCCUGCCCAUGCCACCGUACCCACAACCACAACCGAAACCACCCACAGAGCUUUUGGCCACACGGCAGGCCGAGUUAGACAUGUCCGAGCAGAGUGACCGAAGCACUAAUACACCAAAGGACAGUCUGAUGGACAGCGAACGCUGUUCCAGCACUCAGUCCACUAGGAACGACGAGGACAAAUCCGGGGACGAGACCAGGUCUAUGGAAGGGGUCUCUACCCCAAGGAAGAUAAGUUACAUCUCUGCUUUCAGACCAGUUGUUAAAGAUGCCGAGAGCAUAGCCAAGCUCUAUGGGAACAGAGAUACGUACAACGGGGUCCGUUCGGGCUACCUGUCCCCAGAUUUCAUGAGUGAGAGUUCUAGUUAUAGGUCCGUUUCCCCAGACGUUGAUAGUGCGGAAGAGCCCGAUGUUGAUGUGGAAUCCAAUCGGGUACAAGAAGAUGAAGAAUCUCUGCAGCUUUCCGUGGAGGACCGCCAGAGCCCACCAGCCCUGGCUCUUUCUGAAGCAAGUCCAGAAAAGAGUCAGGAACCAGAGGCCGAGUCCGUUCCCACACCACAGGACCCACAAAGAGUGAGUUUUAGCGAGACGGGAUCCCCGGAUGAAGAGAGGCAGAGCGAGCAGGUGGCAGAGAGCAAUAGCAAUCCACCUGUGUACGAAGUGUACACACAUGAAAGGGAUGAUCUCAUGCAGCCAUUGAACGCCCCAUCUACCUUCGGAUCAACAACCAAUUAUCAGUGCGGCCCACUGGAAUCCAACGUUAUUGAUCGAAGCAAGGAAGAUACACCGUCUACAGUUGAGGAGAGGGAGCCUAAGAAAUCUUAUCAGGGUGAUGGCAGUAAGGAAGGCUCGCUGGAAGGAGGAGAGGAGGGGGUGCGCAGCGAGGUCCGCAGAGUCCCUCUUAUUGAGAAAGACAUAGAGAAAAUGGCUAAAGAUGAAUUGCAGAAACAGCUCGUGGAACAGGUGGAACUCAGGAAAAAGUUGGAACGUGAAUUCCAAAGUUUGAAAGAUAAUUUUCAGGAUCAAAUGAAAAGAGAGCUCUCGUGCAGAGAAGAAAUGGUCCAGCAGCUUCAGAUUGUCCGAGACACUUUGUGCAGCGAAUUGGACCAGGAGAGAAAGGCCCGUUAUGCUAUUCAGCAAAAGCUAAAAGAAGCUCACGACGCACUACACCAUUUCUCGUGCAAGAUGCUAACCCCGCGCCACUGCACUGGAACUUGCUCUUUUAAACCUCCUCUACUGCCACCGUAACUCUUCCGCUCCGAAUCCUGAACCCGUGACAUCAUACUCCACCCAUAGGCGCGGAACCUGACCUGAUCUUGGAACAUUGAGAAGAACCGUCCUGUGGACUAUUUGCGUUGGCAUGGGCAAAUUCUCUUGUACAGUUUGCCCCGCUAUCUAAGAACUGGUGAUGAACAGCCGCCCUGUGAACUUGCAGAUGCUACUAAUAUCUCUCUGAAGUGGACUAAUUGGUUGAUGAAAAACAUGCAUUUUAGAGAAACCUUACUACUGCUGAAUUGAAAUUUUCAGUCGAUUGACAGUAAUAAAUUCAAUACAAUACACUGACAGGCUUGUGUAUAUAUUGUAGAUUGUUAAUAUAAAGUUCUAAAGACCUCUCGGAAGCGAUUUUAUAUGUUCCUCUGAAGACAUGACCAUCAACUCUUUAGAUAUCAUCGAUAUAUAUUAUGUGGCUAUGUGCAAUGGAUAUACAUGUAUACUGUGAUACUUUUGUUAGUGAAAUGGUACCUUAUCUCGAUUUAUUUAGUAGUUUUAUUACUUAAUUUAUGUAUGUAUUUUUACAUUUUUAAUUUAUUUUUCGUUGUUGCUAAACUUUGUUGUUUGCUCUUAUCUGGAACAGUUAACUUUGUAAAAUAUUGAUGUAAAGCACUUUAAACAGGCAUCCCUAUUGACCUAUAUGUGUAAUAAAAA